AGGAUGAGAGUGGAGAGGAGAGGAGAGGAGAGGAGGAAGAGAGAGGGGAAAGCUCCGGAGGAGAAGUGUCCAGGGCUCAGAUAAAGGAGAAGAUAAAGGAUACCGGCCAGUUGCGUUACUAGGAGAUGAGAGACUCACUCAGAAAGGGGCACUUUGAGAUAUGAUGAGGUUUAUUUGUGUACUAUGAUUUGGUAUGUGGCCACUUUGAUAGCAAGUGUGUUCAGCACCCGAGGAACGGCCGCUCAAGGUGCCCACGGAGUGCGAGAGGAGCCCCAGUUUGUGACGUCACGCGCAGGAGAGAACGUCAUCCUGGGAUGCGACGUGUCCCACCCCCUGAACGGCCAGCCCUAUGUGGUGGAGUGGUUCAAGUAUGGAAUGCCCAUCCCCUUCUUCAUCAACUUUCGCUUCUACCCUCCUCAUGUGGACCCGGAAUAUGCCGGCCGGGCCAGUCUGCACGGCAAGUCCUCCCUGCGGGUAGAGAAUGUGCGUUCAGACGACCAGGGCUGGUAUGAAUGUAAGGUGCUGAUGCUGGAGCAGCAGUAUGACACCUUCCACAACGGCAGCUGGGUGCAUCUAACCGUCAAUGCUCCCCCCACGUUCACGGAUACGCCACCUCAGUAUGUAGAGGCCAAGGAAGGGGGUAGCAUCACUUUGACCUGCACGGCCUUUGGCAACCCCAAACCCUCGGUCAGCUGGCUGCGAGAAGGCAACCUCGUGGUCAGCAGUGCCAAGUAUAAGGUGUCUGACGGGAGUUUGACGGUGCUAUCUAUCACCCGGGAGGAUCGCGGUGCUUACACGUGUCGAGCCUUCAGUCCCCAGGGAGAGGUCAUUCACACCACACGGCUGCUAGUGCAAGGCCCUCCGUUCAUUAUAUCGCCACCAGAGAACAUUACAGUGAACAUCUCGCAGGACGCCUUCUUCACCUGCCAGGCGGAGGCCUACCCUCGCAACCUGACCUACACCUGGUUCUGGGAGGAGGACAACGUCUUCUUCAAGAAUGACCUAAAGCGCAGAGUCAGUAUUCUCAUUGACGGUUCCCUCAUCAUUGCCCAAGUCAAGCCGGACGAUGCCGGGAGGUACACCUGUGUUCCUAGCAACAGCCUGGGCCAACCACCGACUGCCUCCGCCUACCUAACAGUGCAAUAUCCUGCCCGUGUGGUAAACAUGCCAUCUGUCAUAUACGUGGCCAUCGGUCUGCCCGGCUUCAUCCGCUGUCCUGUAGAUGCCAACCCCCCUGUAACUCUGGUUAAGUGGAAGAAAGAUGGCCUCCCUCUCCGGAUAGAAAAGUACCCUGGUUGGAGCCAAAUGGACGACGGAAGAAUCCGCGUGGCAGAGGUGACGGAGGACUCUCUCGGCACCUAUACCUGCAUGCCUUACAACGCCCUGGGUUCCAUGGGAUGGUCCCCUCCCGCUCCCCUGGUGCUAAAGGACCCUCCCAAAUUCUCAGUGGUUCCUGGAGGGGAGUACAGGCAGGAGGCCGGGAGAGAGCUGGUCAUCCCAUGUGAGGCGGAGGGAGACCCCUUUCCCAACAUCACAUGGAGGAAGGUCGGGAAGCCCAGUAAAAGCAAGCACAAUGUCCUGCCCCGAGGCAGCUUACAGUUCAAGUCACUCACAAAGGAGGACCACGGGGAGUGGGAGUGUGUUGCCACCAACGUUGCCACAAGCAUCACUGCCAGCACGCACGUCCAAGUCAUAGGCACAAGCCCCCAUGCCCCCACCAGCAUCCAUGUGGCGCCAUCCGCCACCUGGGCCAAUGUGUCCUGGGAGGUGGCCUACGAUGGAGGCUUCCAGCAGACAUUCUCAGUCUGGUAUGGCCAUGUGCUGAAGAGGGAGCGUUUAGGUCCACAUGACUGGCUUUCCAUGCCCGUGCCUGGAGGCCACGACUGGAUGGUGGUUCCCGGCUUGGAGCCAGAGACGACGUACCAGUUCAGCAUCCUGGCCCAAAACAAGCUUGGCACAGGACCUUUCAGCGAGGUUGUCACUGUGAACACACUAGUAUUUCCUAUAAGUACCCCUGAACCAUUGGUGCUGCUUACCCCACCACGGUGCCUCACAGCCAAUCGCACGCAGCAGGGAGUCCUGCUCACCUGGAUCCCGCCUGCCAAUCAUACAGCACCUGUCCAGCAUUAUGUCAUGGAGUUUCGCCUGGGGGAGCGAUGGGAGGUCUUGGAUGACAGCAUUCCUGCCGGGGAGACGGACUUGCUCGCCCGGGAUCUCAUACAGGAGGCGUGGUACGAGUUCCGCGUCAUGGCCGUCAUGGAUGACAUGAUCAGCGAGCCUAGCAACAUAGUAGGAGUGUCCAGCACAGACUUCUUCCCUCCUCCAGAUAUAGUGGAGGACCGUGGACUGGCACGGCCCUUAGUGGCCGGCAUCGUGGCCACCAUCUGUUUCCUGGCGGCAGCUGUCCUGUUCAGCACGAUUGCUGCCUUCUUCGUCAACAAGCAGCGCAGGAGGAAACUUAAGAGGAAAAGAGACCCCCCUCUCUCCAUAACCCACCUCAGAAAAAGCAUGGAAACUCCGUCAUCUUCAGGAAAGGUGAGCCCAGAGAGCGUUCGUUCAAAGGCAUCCCCGUCAGAAUCAUCUGAAGAUAGUCAUGACCAGCGUGGGAAGAAACCACCUUCAAGUCCAGGGAAGAGGGAGGAAUUGUCUUUAUACAAGAAGACCAAAAGAGCAAUAACGAGCAAGAAACACAGCAUCUCCAAGCACGAUGCUGAAGCAACGACACCCAUUGAACUCAUCAGCCGAGGUCCGGAUGGACGCUUUGUUAUAGAUCCCAAUGAUGCAGAAAUGUCUGUUAAGCCCCGGCGAAUUGAGGGCUUCCCCUUUGUGGAAGAAUCAGACCUCUAUCCUGAAUUCCGUCAGUCAGACGAAGAGAACGACGAUCCCAGGCCUCUGCCCCCAAUUAUGGCCCCGCUUCGGCCUCACCAGAUCUCUCCCAUCUCCAGUCAGGAAUCCUACAUGCAACCUCCAGCCUACAGCCCUCGUUUCCAGAGGCCCUUCGAAGGUAUGACCAUCAUGGAGAGCAGUCGGCUCCAGGCCUCGGGGCAGAUCCGAGGUUCUCUCCACCACAGAGCUUUCUAUGGCUAUCUAGGCCACCCCGGGGAUCAUGAUCCCCCACCUCCUUUUUACAUGCCUGAUACAAGCCCACUCAGCUCUGUCAUGUCCUCCCCUCCAUACUUAGCUGAAGGUCCUUUUGGUCACCCCAUGAUUCCUGAAGAAAUGGGGGACGCUGAUUACCCACAAUAUGCUGUCCCUGGUUUCCCACUUCCUCUGACUCUCACCUCUUCCUCCCGUUCACCGGAGAUUUGGCAGGGAUUGGAUUUCACCUUCGCGAGUCUGGAGGGGCCCCAGUUCAUUUUUCCACCCCAUCAUCCUUUGCACCUCCGCCACGACUCCCCCUAUCCUCCUCCACCUCAUGUUCUUCCCCUUAGUGCUUUCCAGCCCUCCUCCCUUCCAAUGCCUACUUACCCAGCUGUCCUGCCACUGGAGGCCCCAAAGAGCCGCAAGUCUCCCAGCAAGGCCAGGCCUCGUGGCUCCCCAGCCAAGCAUUUCGCUAUGCAAGAGGCACAUUUAGGGCAGUUAAGACAUACGAGCCAUGGUAUGGGUGUGCCGGGUUUGCCUUACACCGAUCCGAUGGCCCAUAUUGUCCCCAGCACAUUCAGUAGCUUGGACACACGAUGGUUUGAAACCACCCCUCGUUUCAGUCCCAGACAGGCUCGAAGGAUGGAUCCUGGCAUCCAUCAGGUGGUUCUCCAGCCCUCCCGACUCUCACCCCUCACCCAAAGCCCCUUCAGUUCUCAUGAGGGCUCCCCAGAGAUUGUAGUACGUCCCAGGCCGCGUCCCAGCUUUGUCCAGCCUCAUAUACCCCCAGAGAUGUCUGAGAUUACCCUCCUCCCUCCUUCCGCAGCCAGCUUCUCAAGGAGAUCUUCCCCCUCCUCCUCGCCUGCCCAAGGCCAGGGUAGCAGGAGAGCAAGUCCCAGCUACCGUUCCCACAUGGCCUUUGCCACGUCUGCAACCAGCUACCCAGCUUCCCAGUCCCCGUCACCCCCCAUGGAAAGCAGCAACCUAUUUGGGCAGAUGCCAUCUCAGAGGAGGACUGAGGAGGGGAUCCUUCCAUCUGACUCACCACCCCAGUUGUCAGCUUCAGGAAAACAUCGAGGUGCGCCGCGUGCCCUUUCGGGGUCUGAGAGGAUUGAGGCACUGAGAUACCAACGUAUUAAAAAGGCCAAGAAGAUGAUGAUGAACAACAAUAACUCCAAGUCCAGAAAGAAAGCAGGUGUCACCACCUCUCAGACCCAGCAGGCCUACACCUCUCAGGUACUCCAGCCCGAAGAAGCUCUCUACCUCCGCAAGAAGAAGAAACGGCCCAUCCUCCAUGACCCAUAUACUUGCUUUUCUGCCCUGCUGUACCGCCGCCCACCCCGGGAGGACCAGAAAGCUAUUUUGGCCAGCAUGGACAACAUAGACCUAGACCAUGCAACCCUCCUCUGAAAGCCCUUGAGGACAAGGUCAUGCAAUAUGCCCUCAUUCCAAAAUAACACUAGCUACACACCAGGUGGAAAAAAAACAAACAAAGAUGUUUGCAAUUUAUUGUCUAUAAGGGGAAUAGCACUAAACUUGGUACAUUCUGUAGCUAGAAGAAUCAGAUUACAAAAAAAGGGACAGAUUAACGAUUGUGUCUGACAUGCUGGUCCCAAUUUACCGUCAGCAACAUAACAGCUUUGGUAAAUUGGAAUGGCAUCCCGGACUUUCCCUCUGAAAAAAGGUUUUGAUUAUUUUUACGACUACUGAUGGGGAUGCACAAGGAUGAUCUGUGUAUGCUUAAAUCCAGUAGUAUUCCCUUUAAAAAAAAAAAAAAAACGUGUUUAGACUUUUAGCGAUUCAAAACAAAACGAUAGCUGCCACAAUUUUCCAAAGUUUUACUCCAGUGCAAAAAGAUGAAUUCAAAAAGAGUCGAUACAUGAUUACCAGCUCCCGUUUUCUGUUUUUUGAAUACCAGUUUUCUUACUCCAGUGUUACUGUUAAUGAAUUCGAAAAGGCUUCUCCAGAUUUAGAUUAUGUUUUAUUGUGCUGAGCCAAUCCCCCUAGCGCCCCUAAAAGAAAAAGCCCUGUGGGUCUCCGUUUACAGCACCUUCCACCGGAUCUUCUCCGCCAGCAACAUCUCUUAUCUGCCGAGAAACUCGCCUCACAAAUAUAUGGGUGUUCUCACUUCCUACCAAGUAUACCUCAGAGCACAGGACACGAGACCACACAACCAACAGGAUCAGCCAGCAGAACAAACUAGCCUUUUUCAUCUUUUAGUCAUUUGUGUUCCGCUUGUUAUACAUUUCUUUUCUUAUAUGUACUUCUUUCAGUUUCUUAGAUGUACAUACGUUCGAGGUAGUUCAAUUUAUUUAUCUUGCAGAAUGAUAAUUCUGUCACAUCCUACUCAUCUUUUCCUGCUCUAUUAGAAAUGAUCAGGACAAACACAACCUGAACUACUUUUGAAUUUUGGCUUACUGCAGAUUUGCAUUUCACAUACUUACAGCAAAACCAUUAGCAGGCACAGCACAAUGAAACGUGGUAAUUCAAUUACUUUCAGUCAUUUAAUUGCUCCAAUGAACUGCUCUGUCUUUAGCUUCUCAUAUCUCACAAUGGUUUGCACUGGAGCAAAAUCUUGUCCAUUUCCUUUAGGUACAUGUGUCUGCUUCUUUAUAUCACCUCCAGUUCUUCUGCUUUAGGUAGUGUAGAGGCUUCCAGAUCCUAUUCAGAAAGAACUAUAGUUAUGCCAAAACAUUUAAAGUAAAAAAAAAAAUAAACAUAGCGGAGGAUAAGAUUUUGUGCCAUAGUAUAUGAUAGUAUUUUUCUUCAUAAAUAUUAGAGGGCAUAAAAAAAACAAUGGCUUUGUUUGGCCUUAAUGGAGCUUCUGGUUGGUUGCCUGAUUCACUUGUGUCUAAUUUUUAUUUCUAUUUACAUUUUUUUUUUAAUUUGUGCGUGCAUGUGUAAGUACCUGCCUCUUUGUAUUUUGUCUCUUUAUGUGCUUGUCAUUUGAAAUGGAAAUGCUGAGAGUUAAGUCAUCCCUUAAGAAAAAAGUAUGUGGCAUUGAGGGUAACGCAAAGUGAGCCAAAUUUUUGUUGUUGUUAGCGACACUGGUAUAAGAAGUUUUGUUUACAUGUUGCCCAGUUUUACUUUGAAAGAUUCCAGUGAUUGAUAUGAUUCAAUUUGUCUGUCUAACUGACAUGGAAAUGUGGACACUUAAGGGGCUAAAAUAUUUUUUAUUGGAUAAAGUAAAGGAAGUGCCAUAACAUUAGAAACUAUAUCACACGUUACACAUGCUGCAGCUCAGUCAUCCUUUAGAUUCAACAAAAGGAAGUUCACUGUAACACUGUGUUUUGUUGCUGUUUUUCUUUUUCUGCUCAAACGGUGCUCAAUUUCUUCAGAAGUUGUAUUUUUUUUCGAUGUUACAGUGACAUAUCUUUGGCUCCUAAUACGAAGUGAAAGCAGUGUUCAUGUCCUGCUGAAGAGUGUUUGGAGUGGUAUUGCUCAUUGGGUUGUUCAGUGGUUUUUAUGCAUUUAUUUAUUUGUGUGAAACUUUUUGUGAACAGAUUUUGACAACUCCAACUCCAACAUAGUCUUCUAAAAUCAACCACAUUUGAAGUGACUAAAUUUGGAUGCUUGAGAAAAGAUAUUUCCACAAUGAAUGCUUGCAAAAGGAGCAGUGUCAACGUAUCAAAUAAUCACCGGACCUGGUGGACAUGUAGCGCUGGAUUUACCGGACAUGACUACUGACUAUUAGUGUAACAAUUCAGCCACAAAUUCACAGACUGACCACACACAGUCCAGACAUAUACUUGGUAUGGAACACUAACUACGUCUCCUCAAAAGAAAUUAGCAAAUAUAAAUAGACGAGCAAAAAUAAUAAAAGACGUGUGUAUCGUGUGAAACCAGAAGUCAACGUUGAUUUAUUUGUCACGUAACUUAGGUUAAGUAACGCCACUUCC